CUGCAGUGUUGUGGACUGAACUCUAGCAGUGAUUUCUGUAAUCUAGUUUCCUGCUCUUCACCUCCAUACACAUGUUGUCACACACUCUACCAAACUCAGAAUAGCCAAAUAUACUCCGAUACUAAUUGCUAUUUUGAACAAACGGGUUGCCUGGAUAAAAUACCUACUGUUUUGGGGUUUUAUACCACCGGCUUUUUUAUUGCCAUUUCCAUUUCAAUUCUUUUUGGGGGUUUAUCUGUUUUGUUCACAAUUUUCCAAAUAAGUUCUUUGCCUUCAAAAGAUGUUCAUGACAAAAACAUUCUAAAGAACGAUUCCCCUGAGACACCCAGGGAUGAGGAAAACAAAGGCAUCUGCAAACGAUGUUUUCAGUAUUGCACAAGCGAUUUCCCAUGCUUGAUUCUGAUGAUUGCUGCAGUUCUGUCUGUUCUAUUCGGUGGUGUUUUCAUAAUGGAGGGGAUAUUCCUCAGCUAUGAUAAAGUUUUUAACCAUGAUAUCAUUGAUGAUGUAAUAUUCAGCAACCUAUCAUUUGACGGACUGAACUUCUAUCAUAUCAGAACAUCAUUGUGUGCCUACAUGUUUUCUUGUGGAAUAAUUCUUAUCAUUUUUUGUGGAAUUGGGAUGUUCACACUCAGGAAAAAUUCAAAAUGCUUGCACGUCACACAAGCAAUCCUUGUCGGUAUUGUUUUAGCUUUGAUGAUCAUUGGUACUGGUCUGUGGGGGAAAAUAAAAGACACGAUUAGUUAUAGAAUGGAAGAUGAGAUGAAAUUGUUCCUCGAGAACCAUAAAUACAACCCGCACUUAUCGUAUGUGUAUUCAUACAGCUCCUAUGGAGCUUGGAGCAACCUGUUUGCUGUGGCGGAAUGUUGUGGGGUGGCUGAUCAUGAAGGUAGUGAAUUGGCUUCUUAUCUGUCUGGUAAUGAUGAGAUACCUAUUUUCUGCUGUAAAGAAAAUCCGUUAACGGAACCGUAUAGAACCAAUAACGAUGAUUGCACAGAUUUAGUAGAUCUGGACAUGUCCUUUAACACGUCCUGUAAAGAUGCCCUGCUGACAAGACUAGAUGCCUACAGCAAUACCUUCUUCUCCUGUAGUGGAUUGACAAUAUUUCUCUUGAUUGUUCAACUAGGUCUCAUCAUAUAUAGGAUAACAAAACUUCAAUUUGUCCCUCUUCAGUCAGACAAGUACUUUAAUCUGUUUAAAACUAAAAGAGGAUGGAGGGAAAUUUUGAUUCUAGAAUGGAGGACUUUAUUCAGUUUCCUUUCAACGUUGUCAUCGCUUAGUAUGCUGCUAUUAGGAAUUGUUUUGAUGUAUGACAGUAAGAUGACGGGGAUUAACGUUUACCACGUAUACAAGUACAUUUACCUAAGAGGUGUUAACUUCAUUGACAUUGUGGAAGCCAUGUACCUUUCCCUCAUCGUCUUGGGUGUUUUAUCGAUGGCUCUUGGUCUUGUUGGACUGUCAGAGCUGUUCAGAGACAUACGGAGCGAAGUCAGAAUAAAAUUUUAUGUUUUUGCAUUGAUCAUCUUGAUUUCCACCAAAUUUGUUUGUGUUUUUCUGAUGAUACCAAUACAAAUAGAAGUGGAGAGUGAUUCUAACGAGACUAUCUAUCAGUUUGUUAAUAUGGAUCGUCAAUACUCAAAUCCUGAUUCUACUAUGUAUACGGAUCUCAAUAGGUUUUAUUUGGAAUUUGAUUGCUGCGGAACUACUGGAUCCUAUGGGUUUAGAAACCUCGUAAACACGGCAGGGUAUGGACCUAUUAGUGGAUAUCAACCACACGUGUGUUGCUUCGGUCAAGAUUAUGUUACAACUAAAAAUCUAUAUCGAGUACAAUGUGAAAAAAAGGCAUGUGGUGAUGAAUUUGUGACUAUUACAAACAGCUACUGCUAUGGUUUGAUAGCGUCUAUGUCUAUCACUUCAUUUCUUGAGAUAAUCUGCGUUGUAUCUUCCAUACUUUACCUGAAAAACAAUAAAAUACAAAAAGAAAAUCAAUCCUUUUUGAUCUUGCUAAAGUUUUUCAUCAUUGGGAAUUCAGAAGUGUCAUUUAGAACGAGAUUGAUUGGAUUCAUUUGUUCAUGUAUUUUGCUGAUGUUAUCCCUUGGUGAUUUUGCUGAAAGUACAGCAUUUUUGUAUGACGAUGUAUUUUCGAACAGACAAAUCCAGCCAAUAUUUGAAAACAUGUCUAUGGCUGGAAAUUCGUUUUCAAGAAAUCUAAUCAUCAUGAGAUGGCUGAUGAAUACAACUGGAGUUCUCCUCUUUGUCACUUCUAUAUUUUCCAUUCUAACUAUUCAUCAAGGAUCAAAGUUUUUACACUCUAUGAAUAUUUUGCUUUAUGUCCUGGGGAUUUCAAUGAUUCUAACGAACUUAGGAUGGUGGAUCGCAGUUCAUGUUGAGGAUUUUCCAGAAGAAUUCUUGAGAAAGUCCUAUUCCUAUUCCUACAACUACUUUUAUUCUUUUUCAACUUAUGGAUACCAUAUGGACGAAAACGGGGCUUGGAACAACUUGUUUGUUAAGCUCAAGUGUUGUGGAUAUACAAAUGGCAACGAGAGUGACUUUAAUUCUGUUUUUAUGGAUGGUUAUAUUCUGUAUAAUAAUAAUAGAGUAUCUUUGUUUUGUUGUCAUUCCAAUCCCUUGACUAAGGAGUUCAAUUUUGAAUACGCAUCAUGUACUUCCAACGGAGGGGAAUCCUAUAGAUAUACAGAGCCCUGUUACACAAAGCUGUCCGAGAGACUUACAAAGUAUAGUACUGCCUUUUACACUAUUGCGUCACUCAGCAUAAUAUUAGAGGUUUUUAUGCUUAUAAUUCUUGGUAUGCUGAUAAAGACAGAUCCUUCAUUAAAAGAAGAUUCUUUUAUGAUUAAAAUCAAAUCCUACUUUGAAAAAGACAG